CAUGAGUGCCAUUUCCAUCGCCUGAGCCGGUUUCGGCGUCCACAAAUGGUCAAACUCCGCCGUCCUCGUCCCUCUGAUCUUCGGUUUCGCUGCGCUCUUCUUCCUCGGUGUCUGGGAACCGUGGUGGGCGUCCCAUCCCCUCUUCCCACCAACCAUGUUUGCGAACUUCAGAGGCUUUUUCCUCCUCAUUACCGCAAUUGCCCUCGCCAACUUCUCCGAAUCCGUCCUCUCAUCCUUCUGGCCCAGCAAUAUCAUCCCCACCCUCUACGCCUCCACACCCCCCGACCCAUUCCGCACCUACCGGUACCUCCUCGCGCCCGGCAUCGCUACCGUCGUCGGUGGGCUGACCGCCGGCCUCAGCGUCCGCGCAAUCGGCUGUACAAGCCUCCAAUUUGCCGCCGCAUGUUUCGUGCAGAGGGUAUUCAUAGGUCUCAUGGCGACGCUGACGCCGAACAGUAUCAAGCCCGGGCUCGCCUUUACGGCAAUCGGGGACUUUGCAGGUGGUUACAUGAAAGUGCUCAUUGUAGUCAAGACGCAAUUAGCGUUUGGGGACGAGCUGAUUGGAACGGGGAUGGGCGUGAUGAAUUUGACUCGGGGGAUUGGGCCCGCGUAUGCGUUGUGUUUCUACCUCACCAUCCUGAGUUCUCAAAUCGGUAAAACUCUCGCCAAACGUGUCGCCGCCGCGGUAUUACCCCUCGGCCUCCCAAUCACCUCUCUAGCGAGCCAAGACCAGGCUGCGCUGAUGCAGGUACUUGGUACCACGCUACCAAUAUUAGGCACCGCUGUGGCUGAGCCGAAACUUGCUUACACUGCCGCAUUUCGAAUCUGCUACUAUGUAGGCAUGGCCACCGGUCUCCUCGCAUGCGUUCUGGCAUUGUUCACGAAUGAUGUCAGGCCUACCAUGACAACUGAAAGGCAUGUUAAUCUGGCGGACUCGGAGCAUAUCAUGCUCAGUCUCAAGCCGAAGAGGAUUGGGGAGAUGCAUAGGGGCGUGGGACAGCAUGACGGGCGUGAUAGGAUUGGGGCGGAUGAAGCAAGUGUGUAAAGAUUCAAAAUUGGGUUAAGGGCUCGAGUUAUUAUAAUGGCUGGGUUUACUAGGGUGCUUUAUUAGCUAGGACGUUAGGACAGGCGUGGGGGAUGGCUGGAGAGGAAUUGGAAUGAAUUGAAGCUUAAAAUUCAAUUCUGUCCGAGGUGUCUACGAAUUCAGGGUUAGAGCGGCAAUUAGUGAGUAUGAUGGCAAUCACCUAAAACUAGGACGAGCCUAAUUAUCACCCCCCUUUUUGCUACAUAUCACCCCCCCUAGAUUUAGCUUAGCUUCG